ACCCAGACGCGCGGUGCGGGGCUCCCGUGUGCUCGGAAGGCGCCCAGCGAUAAGGUGGACUGCCGGCGUACUCUGGCGGAAAAGGUGGACCCGGCGGAGGAGAGUUCGCUGUCUUUUCACUCUGCAGUGGCAUUGUUGGAACGCAUCGCAUCGGCGACGGAAGGCGGCGAUGUUUCAAUCAGUAUCACAGUGACUUUUAGACACGCGGUGUGACCUAGUGACGAAGAUGCACCUGAAGCGGUCGGCAGCUGUUGGGCUAUGUGCUCUGUCGCUCGCCUUGUGUGUGCCCAGUCGAGCCGUUAUCCAGAACGGUACCCUCCUGCAUUUCGAAGCCAUGAACAACGCCAGCUUCGCCACCUGCCAGGGUUCAAGAGCUGAGUUCUGCGUGCGGACCUGCUGUGAGAAGGGAGAAAAUGUAAUAAGCCGAAAAUGUGCACCCAGUUCGACAGAUUGGGCGCCGACCUUCCUCAAUCAAACGACAACUGCAAAUCUCGAAAUUAUCGGAGGAUUUAUCCAGGAGUGCAAAUUUGGCUAUCAACUGAAAACACUCAGUUUCCACAUAGAUGAAAGCACCAAGUAUCUGUUAAGUUCGUCUGGGGAGCUGGAGGUGCAAACUGCUGAAAACACCUUUGCGCUGGGGUUCAACUAUUGCUUCUUCAACCUGGAGGUUAAUGAUCAGAUCCUCGAGAGCGUGCGCAGCUGCGUGAAGAUCUCGGUGCCGCAGGUGGCAGGUCUGCCCAGCAUCGACAGCGUGCCAAGUGUCUCCGUCCGGAAGUGCUGUCCGCCUGACCAAAUGAUGGGUGUGUCUAAGGACGCCCUCGUCUGCGUGAACCGGUCCUCGCCUUGGCGGCCUGCCGUGAUUCACAGCUAUCCGACUCAGCUGGCUCAGUUGCCAGCCGAGAAGACCAACAUUUCCGAUCCAGGAAAAUUUAAAUGUCCGAAUGGCACCAGCAUGCAGUUUCUUAUACCCAGUGCAUCAAAAGAUGCAUUCUUCUUGAUGUCAAACGGCAAUAUCUUGCUCGCUAGAUACAAUUUGUCAAUCAAGCCAGGCCUGUUUUGUUUGGAUGAUCUCCGCAAUCCCACAUCGGCACCCCAGCCUUUCGCCACCGUGUGCCAUACCAUGCCAAAACAGCGCACCCCAAAACAGCUUGAAGCUCACUGCACAGAUGAGGUUUGUGUCCAGAAGUGCUGUGCAGCUGGUUUUCGUCUCCACAACUCCCAGUGCGUCCCCACGACCCUGCGAUGGAAGCCGACAUUCUAUGAGGGCGAGCGCCUGUUCCGUGGUCAGGUGGCUCAUAAGGUUUUGUAUGGCCAGAUUAACUGUGAUGACGGCGAAAUUCACGUAUUUAACGGAUCAAGAUCGGCAACUCCAUUGCUACAGAAAAACGGAGGGUUGCGUGUGAAUGGAACUGUAUAUACUUUCGGGGUUCACCGGUGCUGCAUCGAUUCCGGGAGUAUCCAAAACCUGCCCGCAAGCUUGAACUCUCCUGGACAUACAUUAGCCUUUUGCUGCCAGCCACAUGACAAAGAAGCAGAACUGAUGGAAAUUGUGAAAAAGAUCCUUCUAAUCAUGUCAUCCAUCUGCCUCUUCGUCAUGCUUGCAAUUUAUAUGCUAGUGCCUUGUCUGAGGAACAUCCACGGAAAGUGUCUGAUGUCGCACGCUGCUGCGCUCUUCGCCGCCUUCUUCUUCACCGUCUACAACCAGAUUGUCCCCGUUGAAGAGGGCCCCAGCUGCGAUGCUUUAGGUGAGAAUAACGCUACAGUGUUGUAUUACUUUCAUUCAUGUAUCGAAGUGAUUUCGAGCAAUGCCGAUGGGUAAAGUUGCCUAAUUUACAACAAGAGCAGGGAAGCACCGGGGAAUGUAAAGACUUAAAGGGCUCGAUAUACCGGGCAGCGCAUUGUCCAGCGCUUCACAUGAGAUGCUCUUUUAUAGGUUUGAGCAAAUCAGUCAAUGACGUUUGAACCAUUUUGUCACAAUGCGAUCGCUGUGUGCAGAUCUGUGGAUAAUACGCUACAAAUGGUUAACGAUUUUGAAACUUCUAAAGCUUACGAUUGUGCAUGGGUGUCGCGUGAGGGGAAUUGUGGGAGAUUUUCGAUCUGCAAAGUGGGUGUCACAAAUACUAUUUACAAUGAGUAGUUAUUAUGUAACUAGUUCAAAAAGAGAGUGGCAGGAAGUUCACAUUGGCCCUUUCCACGCAAAUAUGCGACAGGGGCCUAAUUUGGAGCCACAUUGGAAGUACCCGAAAUAGCGGUUUAGAAGAAGGGCCAUGAAUUGUUGCAAGGGCCAUGCAAAAAAAGGAAAUUUUCGAUUCAGAUACCUCUUCGUUUUAUUGAAUGUGCCAAUUCGUCAUUUCCCUCUUUCGGUACUUUAUGAUCCGAUGGUCCGAGUCCGAUGGUACCCCACUAACGUGAAUGACGAUUGGUACAUAAUGACAGAGCAAAAACGCUUCCAGAGUCAUUUUUUCAGGCCCUCUAAAAGGGCCUGACGAACGAUGAGGAGUAUGAUUAGCCCCUGUUUAUCCUAUUUUCCGCGCAUGUCAAAAUUAGGAGCCUGUGGAAUGCAGCGGAAGCACGUUACAUACCACUUAAAGAUACGCUGCCGGGAAAAGUGGUAUGGAGUUGUUCUCGACAUGUUUCAACGUUGAAAGUCAAAACUGUGCUUUUGUCCGUUCAUCUUGAUGAAUGGGCAUGAAGAAACUCAGCCUGUCAGAUUGGCCUCGUGACGGGCGCAAAAACACUCAUGAGAAACGAUGCGACCAACGUCAGUGCCACCAAGGGCUAGACAUAAUAGUAAGGUCCAUUUGAGGAUUCAUUUAUUGGGUCACAGUGCACUCUGUCAGCCGAACAGCCAACAAAAAUUGCUCCUAACACCAGCGCAAUGCAAUGAGGGGAAAUCGAAGGAGGCAUAGUAAAUACUUUCAGAUUUUUACGACACUGGUGAAAAACAUACACCAAAAACAAUAGUAGAUGUAUUUGGUGAGCACAUUCCCACUGAGCACAAAUCACUCAGAGUUUUAAGAUAAGUUCUCAAAUAAUGCGUAAAUUUAAGACAUAAAAUAUGAUUUUGACCUGCGGUUUCCCACAUCCGUGAUGAAAGCGUAAAAACGAUUUGACCCUUCUCAACUCGCACCCGAAUUUAAGCUCACCCAGCAUUAACCUACCUGUGGCUUGAAAACUUUUUUUCCAGACUGCUUUGAACUUACCGUAGCGGGUACCCGUAGAGGGGAUGUGACUUAAUGCUCCGGAGUACAUGCUGGCACUUAAAGUCUUAGGAGCUCAUAGCUCGCUUGAUAGCCCAAACACCGAUUUAAUCCUCGCCCUGAUUCGCCACCGUUUUUCAAAACUGCAGGCUGAUGGGGAGAGGCCUUACGACCCAUCCCCCCC